UGCUUUGUGCGCAUUCCUUCCAUCGCAGCGUGCUGUAAGCGUUUUAAAACUGGGAACACCGGCUCUCAGGCUUUUCUCUCUGCUACCACAGGAAUUCGUCGAGCGGCCUGGCCGAUCUUAGGAUUCUCUCUGGUUAUACAAAGAUAAUUAUUACGAGCGAGAGAUUGUAAAGACCGUGCAAACAUGUUGUUGCUUCUUGAAACAGCGGCGGGAUUCGCAAUAUUUAAGUUUCUGGGCGAUGAAGAAAGACUCGAAAGAAUAGAAAAUGUGUAUUCGGACUUUAGCACUUUAGAAGCCCUCAAAGAAAAAUUAAAGUUAACGCAUUUUGAAAGAUUUGACAAUACUACUGUAGCUUUAGAAGCUAGCAGAGCACUUUUGGAAGGUAAAUUAUCAAAGUUGUUAAAAAAGACUCUUAAGAAAUGUAAUCUGCACUCCGAGAAACAAAAAUUGGCGGUUGCUGAUAUAAAAUUAGGCAAAGCCAUCGCAGAAAAAUUAAAUUUCUCCUGCAUUGCUACCUCACCGAUCCAGGAGUUAAUGAGAUGUGUUAGAUUUCAACUGCAUAGUUUUUUGGAUAACGUAAAUGAGAGAGAGAUGACAGCAAUGAGAUUAGGUCUAGCGCAUAGUUUAUCGAGAUAUAAGAUAAAGUUUUCCUCCGAGAAGAUCGACACAAUGGUGAUACAGUCGAUAUGCGUACUAGACGAUCUGGACAAGCAAAUAAACAAUUAUAUAAUGAGAGCACGCGAAUGGUUUGGAUGGCACUUUCCCGAAUUGGGUAAGAUAGUGAAGGAUAAUAUGUCAUAUAUAAAGACGAUGAAGGUCAUGGGUUUACGCGACAAUGUGACUACGUGCGAUCUAUCGGAAUUUCUAUCGGAGGACAUUCUGAAAGAAGUAAAAGAAGCCGCCGAGACUUCUAUGGGAUCUGAGAUCACAGAGUACGAUGCCGAACACAUGAGGAUCUUGUGUGGCGAAAUAUUAGAACUCGAUCAGUAUCGAGCCGAUUUGAAAUCAUACUUAACAGUGAGAAUGAUGUCUUUGGCGCCAAAUUUAACGAUUCUUGUUGGCGAUAUUGUCGGUGCACGUCUAAUCUCGAAGGCCGGUUCGCUGAAAAAUCUCGCCAAACAUCCAGCGUCCACUUUGCAGAUUCUUGGCGCGGAAAAGGCGCUUUUCCGUGCGCUUAAAGCGAGGAAGAACACGCCUAAGUACGGAUUGAUCUAUCACACACAUUUGGUUUCGUCGACGACUGUUAAGAAUAAAGGCAAGGCGUCCAGGAUGUUGGCAGCAAAAGCCGCUCUGGCAACGAGAUUCGACGCGUUGGGAGAAGAGACAUCCUCCGAACUUGGAGAGAAACACUUAGAGAAAUUGGAGCAGCGACUAAGAUUCUUAGACGGGACACGUCGUAACUCAAGGUUAAGCGGCACUGUCAAAGCAAGAGCCAAGUUUGAGAAAUAUCAUUCCAACCAAGAACAUAUGCAGUAUUCUGUGUCCGUUGAUUCGACUCUGCCGACAAAGCUUGAAUCAACAACGGAAGAACACAGAACAGAAGAGAAAAAAAAGAAAACUAAGAAACACAGUUUGGAGCAUGCACCAAGCGCCGGCGAGUCCUCAGGCACGCAAGUAACAGUAAAAGAAGAAGCCGAUGUGUCGUCCAAAACAAAAAAGAAGAAGAAACACAGUUCAUCAGACUCAAGCGAGUCUUCUGGCUCACAAGUAGAGAUAAAAGAAGAAGCUGAUGUGUCGUUGCCCAAAACGAAAAAGAAAAAGAAACAUAGUUUGGAACGUGCAUCAGACGUAGGUGAGUCUUCCGGCACGCAAGUAGAAGUAAAAGAAGAAGCUGAUGUGUCAUUGUCCAAAACAAAAGAAAAGAAACACAGUUUGAAGCAUACAUCAGAUGCAGGCGAGUCUUCUGGCACGCAAGUAAAAGUACAAGAAAAAGAAGCAGAUGCGUCGUCUAAAACAAAAAAGAAGAAGAAACAUAGUUUGGAGCGUACAUCAGACGCAAGCGAGUCUAUCACAGAAAUAAAGGUAAAAGAAGAAGAAAAAGAAGCAGAUGUGUCGUUGUCCAAACCAAAAAAGAAGAAGAAACAUAGUUUGGAGCUUGUAGGAGAAUCGUCUAGUAGUGAUAAGCAAGAAAAGUCAGAUGAUGUAUUGAAGAAGAAAAAAAUAGAAGAGAGUUCAGAAUCGAUGUUUUUGUCACCAAGUCCGUUGGUAAAAAAGAAAAAAAGGAAGCACAGUUCAGCGGGUGAAUCUUCUUUACAAGAAAAAUCACAAGAAGAAAUAGAUUCGUCCUUAUUAUCGCAGAGCACAGAGCAAGAGACUACAAUGGAAGGCACGGAUUCACAACACGAGCAGUCAUUCGGCGAGCCAAAGAAAAAAAAGAAAAAGAAGAAAUCAAAAGAACCUAAGGCCUGAAAGUCUGUACACAUUGUGCGCCAUAAAUGAAACAUCAGAAAAUGAAAAGAUAAGCGCAAGUCAAAAAAAUUUAUAUAAUCGUGUAAUUUUUUUUUAACUUAAUUGAUAGUUUAUUUGAAAAUUGUCUUCUACAUGGAAAAUGCAAUCUCUCAUUUAGUUUUCGCUGAAUCAACGAUUGCGUUUAGAUGAUAAAUACAAAUUAAAUUGUUUUACGAAGAGAACACAAGCAUACGUACUAAUGUCGCAAUUAUUAAUCAAGUUUGGUUUUUAAAAAAGAAAAUAUAUAAAUAAAUGAAAUUAGUUUUAUAUAUUUCUGGUAAAUCCUCCAAUCUUUCUCCAGAGAAAAAUACCAAGUACAGUAUUUAUUCAUAUAGGGACACCAACUCUCAAGCCCCAAUGAAAGAUCACAUCGUACUUUAUUUUAUACACAUUUUAUUGUAAAUUAAGUUUUUUUUUUUUUCAUCUAAGAGAAGUGUGGAUAAAAUUAAUAAUACGUACUCUUAUUAUAUUUAAUUUUCAUAAUUCUUUUAUUCCUUUUGCAAACUUAUAUCUGACACAUUUCUCAUUUCGCUGUUACACGUACGCGCACAUUUUUUCUUUCAUACUGUUUCAAUAUAGAAAAUAAGAAUUUUUAUGUCUUAACUGCAAAAAAAUUUAACAGAAAAUAUCCUCACUUAUAGUUUAAACUUUUUGUUGUUUUUAAGAAACGGAAGUUGAGCGCAUGGAAACUUCCUCUGACACACGUGCCAGGUGAAUCCUGUCGCAUGCGAUGCACGUAUGUACAGAGAAUUAUGGUGCUAUGACUUGCAAUGUUUUCACUUCCGACGCGCCUUUCUCUGAUUCGUAAUAGUUGUUUGUGAAUCAAGUGACGAAGCGUCAUAAGCCUGUGUGUACACAUUUAAUCUUAACAACGUAUACAGAAACAUCUGGAUACGCGUUGUUGAAUUUUGCUUGGCCAUGUAUUUUCCUGCUCCGUAACACGUAUCACCUCCGAUAUUCCAAUCCAGACAGUACACCAAUAUAUUACCAGAUCGUAACGUUCGUUAAACAGCGAUAUAUGUCAAACCGAUACCGAAGAGAUCUCGUGAUAAAAUUUCAUUAUCUUGGUCUGUAAACUUCUAAUAACAACUUAGUUAUCGUUAACGUUUCGGUUCGCAGCGCUAUUUAUUUUGUCUGCGCAAUGAUUUGUGCAAUGCAAAAUCUUUUUAGAAAAAAUCACAUGUUAUGCUCUUGCUAACACAAUGCGUUAAAAGAUUUUAAACCCGAUAUCUCUUUAAUCGGAUCAAAAGCGUUUUGUGUCUGACUUGUCUCGUUUAGUUUGUAUCGUAUUUCAGUUUCGGAUAACACAAAAAAUAAUUUAUCAUAAAAAAAUAAUUUUUGAGAUAACAGUUUUUAGGAAAAAGAAAAUUAGGAACGUUAGAGGGACGUGUUAUCUUUCCGAUAUAAAAAGCAAAGUAAGCAUCUUCGAAUUUAUUCAACGUAUCCCGACGUUUCUGUAACAAGUGUGAUAUAUGUAAUAGUUCAUAUUGUGUUUUUACACAUAUAAAAAUAUAUUGUGUACUUUUUUUACAUAUCUACUUUUCUAUUAUUAUUUACUUUAUAUUCUAUUAUAUAUAUAUGUGUGUGUCUGUGUAUAUAUGUAAACCAUGUUACUAACAUAAUGCGCAUAUAACGCGACAUCACUUUUUACAUUCACAUUCGAUAUAAAUGGCGAUUCGUGAACAAAAUAGUAAAAACAAAAAAACAAUUUGAAGAUUACACACCUUCUGAUUAUAAUAUAUAUGUAUAUAUAUAUAUCUUUAUUUAAUAUUUCUAUGUCGUUGCUUUGUUACACUAAGGUCUAAUCUUAAACGUACGUAUAUAUUAAAUAUAUCUUUCUUUGUUAAUAGAGCGCCUAGAUUAAAUCAACUCAAAAUUUGUACAGUUUUUUUUUUCCGAGCGUAAGUUACAUAAAUAAUAUAUAGGCACACGCAAUUUUUUUUUUUUAAAUUAAUAUGAAUUAUACGAUUCAAAAUCGAGUGCACACAUCGAUAGUUCUUUUAUUUAAAGUCAGUAAAAAAAUUUUUAUAUAAGAUACACAUUGCCCUCUUUUAGGACUUAAACAGUUCUUCUCUUCACCGAGAGUUCAUCGAUUUAUCAGCCCGGAAAUAUCACCGAGAGGAUACGCAGAACGUAUAUAUCGAAAGAAAAACAGUUACAAAUGAUCAAAUACGUUCUCGAAACGGGGUAUAUGGUAAUCGUAAAACUUACAAAAAAAAAAAAAAAAAAAUUACAAAA